GUUAUUUAGUGACAGCCAACUUUCUUCUCCUUUAAAAAUAGACCCCUCCCCUUCCACUGACAACAAAGGGCGGGAUAAGCAACCGCAGCUCUUCAAAAUCCCAUUUGCCACUGUUGUGUCAUAUGUUUGUUCAUCCGUGGCCAAGGAAGGGGAGAAACAGUUUGCAGCACUGCCGGGAAACAUCUGGCUUUCCUCCUAACAGCUGUUUAACCACGUUGUGGUGUGUCCCUCAUCUUCAAGCUGCUGUUGUAUGACUGCUAGGAAAGUUUGGGUGGCAACGUCAACAUUUGGCCUCCCCUGUUUCGCAAACUUUUGGCCGCGCAACUUGAAUGAAGAUAAGCGCCGGUGAAAGACCGCUGUCGCCGUUAAUUCUAGUUUACUGUCGGAGUUUUAGUGGCCGCCUACGGUCGUAAAAUCCUCGGCUUUGUGGAUAGACUCGGAGUUUGCAUAGCAGAAGUUCAAGGGCGAGAGGAAGCCUACGACUAGUCGUGCGUUUUGCGGAAAGGGGAGGAAUCAUGGCGGACGGGAAAGAAAAAGACGAAGUGGUGGACAGUUUGGUGGUGACGCGGCACUCCCGAGGAAUCAGCCUUAUGGAGUAUAAGUUCACCAAACGGAUGGAGAAACAGAUUCUGAAAUCCCUGAUCCACCGACUGGUGUACAUCGCUCGGCUGACAGGAAACCUGAACGACAAGAGAGAUCUAGGAGCCUACUAUGAGCAGUUGUUUAAGAAGCUCCAUAACCACUACCAGGGAGAGCCAGCCACAGGCCUGCUGCUGAUCUACCCUCAGUACUGCAUUCACUCUGUGGAGUCGUCCAGUGAGAUGCUGACAGCCACUCUUCGAGACCUGGUGUCACAUCAGCAGAGUGAAGGAGCCCUGCUUAGUGAUGCCAAAAUCCUGAUCAUGUCCCAUGACAUCCCCACACGGCUGUACCCCCAGUGGAGCCACCGUGUCCUCAACCUGCCCGCCUCACGACUCGAGAAGUACGAGACCAACGAGUCCGUCGAACAGCUGGUUCCAGAGUGCCUUACCCAGCUGCUGAAGUUGGGCGUAUACCUGGCAAAAACUCCCAAACUGAACCUGAAGAAUGCCAUGGACUCUUUACAUGAAAAAGUUCCAGAGCUGCUCCCACCCCAAGACCUGAUAGGAUACCUCCUGACAUCCCUGGAGCUGGACAGUCCCCAGCAGUACCUGAAGAGGUACCACACACCCUUCCACACUGUGCUGGAUGGAGAACUGGUGUGGCCGGUUGCAGACAGACUCUUCCCUCUGAAGUGAUAAUCGUGCUGUAUCAGGAAUAUAUGACAUUUCUAUCAUACAACUAUGAAUAUAGAAAAUGGCAUCCUAUCCAAUAUAAACUCUCGAUGAUUAUUCAUCAAUAGUAUGAAUGUUUGGACAUCUACUUUCUAAAGACACUUGUUUCACAAAUUUGGGGAAAAUGAGUUGUCCGUCAUUAAAUUUUGUGGUGGGGAUAUAUCAUUACACAUUUAUAGAGGGACAGCCUAUAUACAUGAAGAUCUAACUUUGGUUACUUGGGUAGUGAAAAUAAUAAAGGCUAUUCUUUCUUUCCAGUCCUUUUGCUUCAAAUAACUGAAAACCUGAUGUAAAGAAUAUUGCCAAUAAUGAUGUACAUUUUAUUCUUUACCUGAAGAUGUAUAUUUAAAAGUUGUCUCAAAAAAUUCUAGUUUGAUGUGACACUUUUCCAUCUUAAUUGCUUGUAGUUUACAUCUUCUUAUGUAUACUUUCCACAUCUAUCUGCACAUUUGUACUCUAUGGAUCUUUAUUUUUUGAUAAUAAAAGAAAUGUUUCAACUUGA